AUUGGCGCCGUUGGUGAUUGCACUGUUCUGCAUCUUUAAUACAUAUAUAUACUACCUGGGAGUUAGGAUACACAUUUGUAUUGAACCAUCUUGCUACGUACACCAAUGUGCCUCGCUGUUUUGAAUAGUGCCGCAUACAGUUCACUGAUAUCAGCGUUCUUCAAGCUCACUGAAAGGUAUAUCCGGAUUUAAAAUUCUUAAUAGCUGCAUGAUUUCAUCUCAUCGAUCUGUAACAGAAUGGAAUUCAGACGACAAGCUAGCUCUUUCUCCUUCACAUUGGUCACUAUACAUGCUAUAGGGGUUUUUGCAUUCUGCAUUCUUUCCGUAAACUGUGGGAGAGAGUACAUAUUCGCCCCAACGGCGAAUCACCGUGGUUCUACUCAUUUUGUUAUUGGUAUGGUUUUCCAAACGUUGGGACAAGAAGAAACCGACAUUCGAGUGUCGUUCCCAAGAAGAUCUUAUGAAGACCUUAUCAUCCUGCCACCUGGGUCUACUCCAUACAACUAUACCUUGCCGGCGUCUCUGAUAAGUCAGAAGUCAGAAGCGGGAAUUAUCAAUUCAACGGUCUUUGUAACAUCAGAGCAAGACGUAGCAAUUGUUUCAUAUAACCUCGCAUUCAAAUCAUCGGACACAUUUUCCCUGAUACCCGCGGAGUUCCUUGGUAAGGAAUACUUUAUAACCCUGAUAUCUGGUGUGUAUAAUGACACUAUAAUAAUAUCUGCUUUCGAAAAGAUAGUGAUGGUUAAAAUAUUUCUAACUUCGUCCAUUCAGCUCCAAAACGAUACAUAUAACGAUGGUGACACUCUGAGACUCGUUCUUCUACCUUUUGAAUCUUUCCAACUGAUCUCAAAAUAUACAAACAUAACAGGAUCUCGGAUCACCGCAAACUCUUCGAUUGCAGUAACAGUUGGCUCUGAAUGUGCUAAUGUGCCUGAAGGCCUCAAGUAUUGUGACCAUCUCGCAGAACAGUUAGCUCCAGUGAAAGCAUGGGGAAUGCUUCAUGUGUUGGGCCCGUUCCCAAGACGACGUUCCGGCUACGUAUUUCAGAUAGUAGCAAGUCGGAAUGGUACAACGGCGAUAUACAAUGACAAUACUGUGAAAAUGAACAUGGGAGAUUAUAUCACAGUUGAUAACCCCUCUCAAAACAUGACUUUCGUGCAUGCAGACAAACCCAUCUCAGUAAUGCAGUAUAGCAAAGGGAGGAGUUCAGAUAAUAAUUCCUUCAGUGAUCCGUCAAUGAUUCGAGUUAACCCUAUCAAGCAGUAUGUCACAAGAACAACGAUUCCAGUCUUCGAGUUCAACAAGACGUCAUCAAAUGAUACCACGUAUAUUGGAAUAACUGCCGAGUGCAAGCACUUCAGAGGCAUUUCAAUUUACCGAAACAAUCAACUUCUAUCGGUAAUAUGGGAUGAGGAAUAUUCUCUACAAAUACAGGAUGGGAUCGAAAUGUGCUCAAAAUGGAUGGUUGCUACCCACGGAAGAUAUUCAGUCGAGGGCGAUGGCCGUGGAACCUACCCAGGGUUUCAUGCUGUGGUAUAUGGUACGUCCUUAGGCAAAACACACUUGUAUCGGGCUGGCUCGAGUGACAAAGACUUGACUACAUCGGAAGAGGAUCUAAGAAUUGCAUCAUCUGCUAUUAGGCCAAGGGGAUACAAACCCUCUUCACAGAUGUGA